ACUUAUUUAUUUUUGGCUGCUUGGUUCUUCCUAUUUAAUUCCUCAUAGUUUAAGAUAUGAAUAUGAUUAUGUUGAAUGGAGUAGGUGAAAUUCUUGCUAAGUGUAGAAGAUGCUAUAGUUAUAGCAUAUAAAGUUUGCUAAAAUGCAGAAAUUACUGCUCAAUGGCCCCAUCGAAGCCAUUUGUGAUGGGGAGGGGGUUGCAACAAUGUGACUUGAUCCCGCCGUUCCUUUGUUUUGGGGGUGAAUGUCCUGAACCGAAUGAUAGCUGAGGAAGUGAAAAACGGGCGCAUUUCUCCACCAUUAAUAGGCAGGAAUGGUGCAGAGCUGUCUCAUCAGCAGUUUGCGGAUGGUACUAUUCUGUUUUGUCCGCAAGAUGAAGAGACAAUAAGAAGCUACAAGAGGCUAAUAUGGUGCUUUGAGAUCACUUCUGGGUUGAGUAUCAACUUUAACAAGUCAAGCUUGAGCCCAAUAAACUGUGACUGGGAAUGGGUGCAAUAGAUGUGUGACCUUCUUGGUUGUAAGUCAGCAUAGCUACCAGUGAAGUACUUGAGAAUAUAACUUGGUGCAAACCCAAGGCUAGUGAAAACAUGAAAACCAGUUAUUGAUAAGGUAGAGGAGAAGCUAAGCUGAGUCUUUGAAAGGCCAAGGUACUGAGUAAAGUAGGUUUGCUGGUGCUCAUUAAGUUUGUAUCAAUAGUUUGCCUGUCUAUUAUCUUACACUGUAUAAGAUGCCAAACUUUUACUAGAAACACAUUAUAGUGCAAAGGAGGUUCUUUUGGGGUAAGAAGAUGGGAUGCUAGGAAUGGCGUUAGUUAAGUGGGAAUUGUUGUAGUGCCGAAGAUGUUAGGAGGGCUUGGAGUGGGGGAUGCAGUAAUUCACAAUACAACCUUGUUCAAAUGUUGGUGGAGAUUUUCUAAAGAAGAUUAUCCUCUUUGGAAUAAAGGAACAACAUAUGCAAGAUAAAAUAGUCAAUGGUUUAGCCAUGGAUGUACGGGAUGGGAGAAGAACAAGGUUUUGGGAGGAUUCAUGGUUAUAAUAUGGAAAACUGAAAGUCUCGUUUCAAAAUCUCUUCUUGGUGUUAAACUAACAAGAAUCUACCAUUGGGAAGUGCGGGUUUUGGAAUGGGUUGGAUUGAAUAUGGAGCUUUCAAUGACAGAGGAAACUUCCCCAAUGGGAGUUUGAAUUGUUAAACCAACUACAUGGGGUUUGCAAUCAAUUUGUUUGGUGAUAGAGAGGGAGGACAAAGUGGUGUGGAAAUUUGCCAGUGAAAAGGUUUAUCUUCGACUAACUCCUUUGUGCAACUGUUGCAGGCUGCAAAGUUGACAGAAGAAGUGGCGAGCUAUAGCUUUACCAAAGUCGUCUAAAAGGGACUGGUACCUCCCUGGGUAGAAUUUUUGUUUGGUUUGUGCUAGUUGAUUGAGUCAAUACUAAGGACCAACUAGCUAGACUAGGUGUUCCUGAUAGUAGGAAUAAAUGAAUAUGUGCUAUGCUGAAUGUGCUAUGCAGGAAACAUUUUGAAACUGUUGAGUAUUUUGUGUGUGCUUGGCUCCAGCAAUUCAGACGAACCUAGACCUUUCAGAGUACUAUGAAAGAGCACUUUGAGAGUUGGAUAGCUGUGUUCAUGAGGAUAGAGAUCCGGAAGCUAAUAGGUUUCUUUGCUGUUAUCUAAAUAGUUGAUUAGGAAUGAGAAAAUAUUCCAGAAUACAUUGACAGGGGUUGAUGCAGUCAUUAGCAAUUGACUCCAUUGCUUUUUUAUGGCAAUGCUGGAGAUGACAUUGGAGUUUACUGCUUUAUGUAAUCCGUUAUUGAUUUAUUUAUUUUUGGCAGUUUAGUGGUUUUUAGGAGGUCUGUUCUUUCUCUUGGAUUAUGGAUUUGUGUAGAUUGCUUGUUGAUAAUGCUCCACCUUGUUGUGUUGAGCUCUUUUUCUUUCUAAAAAGAAUAAAAAAGGGUUUUGCUUUAAAAAUAUUGAAAGCAGAAUGUUUCAUAUCCUAACAGACUUAGAACCUUAUAUCAUCUAAAUUUCCAAGAAUCCGGUAGUUCUCAUGGUUGAGGGAAUUAGGUUGUGCUAUCAAAUUUUCGUCUGGAAUCUUUGCCUAUUUACUGAAGUAAAGCUAUAAGAUCUUCCCUUUACGAAGCAUGAUGUGUGAUCUAAUGAAUUGUGAUAUUUGCUUGAGGACGAAUAUCUGGUUCUGGAUAGCGAUGCCUUUUCUAAAUAGCUUGACACUCUUGAACAGGGAGAAAGUAACUAGCAUUUGUCAUUGUUUGCAUGAAAUGGGAGAAAUUGGUUUUAUAUGUUAUUAUAAUAAUAAGUGAACUUACUAUAGAUGCAUUCUUAAAAGUUGCAUUAUAGUGACUGUAAAGUAUAGCAGGUGCUCUAGAGAGGAUAUCAGCAUGGAAUUGUAAUGUAGCUAAAAAUUUAUGUAUGAGGACAUCGUCAUCUUCUUCUCUUCUAGUCCUAGCACAAGUUGUUAAUUUUGUUUUAAGCUUAUACAUGACUUAAAUUAUGAUCAUAACAUGCUUUUUCUAGCACAUGAUAGAGUUAGACAAAUCUAUGUAUUUUAAGUAUUUCCUCUCUGCCAUGUGAUGUUAUGGGUGAGAUUGCUCUUCAUAUAAAACAUGAUAAAUCUAACUGUUAAUUUGUUAUCUUUUUGGUAGAGGAACUUCCUGAAAACUGGAAUCACGUUCCAGAUAUACAGUCCCUGUGCUCACUUGACCGUUCAUUUCUUUUUCCUGGAUACGGACAUGAUUACUCCAGUUGCUACAGCGAUGAGUAAGAAUGGCGUAGGUCAAAGCCUUGAGAGAGAAAAUGAAAACAUUAAAAACAGAAACAAUUUAAUAUCUAGAGAAGGGCAAUUAAGUACCAGUGUUGAAGAGCAUCUGGAAGAUUUUAUUGAUGGUGAAUCCCUUUGUAGGAUGGAGGCACAGAAAAGACGAACUGAAUUGUUGUUACAAAAAUUUGAGAAUUCACGCUUCUUUGUGAGGAUUUCAGAAUUUGAUGAACCCUUGUGGUCCAAAAGAGGCAGUGCAAUAAAUUUUUUUAACCCUUCUGAUGCAAAUGGCCUAAAGGCUUUAAAUAUUCAAAUUGAAGAGCCUACAUUGUCUUCUACCGGAGUGGUUAUUGAUAGAGGAAAUUUUAAUGCCACCACUUCUGGAGGAUUGGUGAGAGAUUCUGUUAAGUGUUCUGCUCUUCCUAAUGGAGACAUCGUGAUUCUUUUACAGAUGAAUGUUGGUGUAGACUCUCUUAAAGAUCCUUGUAUUGAAGUUCUCCAAUUUGAAAAGUGUCCAGAGAGAAAACUGCCUAUCAAUGACCACUUCGAGGUAGAACAUACAAAUGAGGAUCCAUGUGCUGAAUUGUUAAAUUGGAUGCUUCCAUUGGAUAACAAUCUUUCACCUCGCCUGCAAUCUCCUCCUAAUUUAAGACGUUACUCCAUGUCAUCAUUACCCCAAAGUAUGAGCAGUCCAUCUGGUUAUUUAAAAGCAGUUAGUUCUAUGUCAAACUUCCUUGAGAACAGGGAUCAAAUCCUAUCUAACAGUUACUUGAGGAGAAAAUUUGCAUUGGAAGGACUACUAUCUUUUCGAGGAGUCUCUUUGGAGCAAGAAAGAUUUUCUGUCUGUUGUGGAUUAGAAGGCCUCCAUACUCCAGGAAGAAGAUGGAGAAGAAAACUUGAGAUAGUACAACCUUUGGAGAUUCACUCUUUUGCUGCUGACUGCAACUCAGAGGAUCUUCUUUGUAUUCAGAUGAAGAAUGUCGCUCCUUCAAAUGUUCCUGAUAUUGUGAUAUUUAUAGAUACAAUAUCUGUUGUUUUGGAGGAGACAACAAGAAAUGGACCAAUGCCAUCAUUACUGAUUUCAUGUGUUGAAGCUGGAAAUGACCAUUCUUUACCAAAUCUAACCCUUAGGAGAGGUGAAGAGCAUUCUUUUGUCGUUAAACCAGCCACUUCUAUGAAGAAGAGUAUCAAUAUUCAACACGAUACAAGUUCUCAAUUUUCAAAACAAUUUCAAAAUAGAACAUCAAAAUUAAGUCUGGAUGGAAGAAACCCUACUUUGAUUAAUGAUCAGUAUGCAAUUGUGGUGUCAUACCGGUGCAAUUAUACAGCAUCAAGGUUGUUCUUUAAACAACAAACUAGUUGGCGACCAUGCACCUCUAAGGAUAUUAUGAUCUCUGUUUCAUCAGAGAUGUUAGGACAAUAUCCAAGACCUUAUGCAACCUGCCAACUUCCUGUGCAGAUCCUAACUCUGCAAGCUUCAAAUUUAACAUCUGAAGAUCUAACUUUAACAAUGCUAUCUCCUGCAUCCUUUAGUUUACCCCCAUCAUUGGUCUCCUUGAGUUCUCCAACGACUCCAAGAAGUCCUUUUAUUGGUUUCGCAGAUUUUUUAGGAAGAGUAAAUAGUGGAAGGAGUAGUGGUGCCACCCAGCCGUCAACUGUUGAAGAAAAUGGGGAAAAAAGUUCUACUAGUGAAGCUAAGGCAGUUUCUACAAGUGAUGUUGUUCCUAAUUCUGGCCUGAGUUGUACUCAUCUAUGGUUGCAGAGCAAAGUUCCGCUCGGGUGUAUUCCAGCUCAAUCUAUAGCAACUGUCAGGCUUGAACUACUCCCACUGACAGAUGGCAUAAUUACACUUGACUCUCUGCAAAUUGAUGUUAAGGAAAAAGGUAUUACUUAUACCCCUGGGUGCGCUCUAAAGAUAAAUUCAACUUCCAGUAUUCCGAAGGGGAUUAGUUAGAAUGGGACCUGUGGCUGUUUGCAUUUCCUCUACCUUUCUCAUCAAGCUCAUUAACAAAAUAUGGAUGAUUUGCUUGCCUAAGUUCUAGAAGUGCCCUUGCAACUUAUUCUCUUGGCAGAAAACAGAUUUAUUACUUUCCUGAAUUUUAGAGUUUCGCUUAUAACUUAAUGUCGCAGUAGGUGUUUAUAGGUAGAGAAAUUCAGUUAAGAAAUGUUUUGGGGUAUAUUUAUCCAAAUAUAGAGUUUUCCUUUGUAUUGUAAAAUGUAAAUCACAUGGUUAAAUAGAUACUUACUAGGUGUUACAUGCCCUUUAUUUAAGGGGAAAAAUGUAAACAGAGGUGGUAUUUUUGUAUUUUUAUUUUCUUUGUAAAUAUGUGAGUGAACUAUCAAUUCGUCCUCUAUUUUUCAGAAUGACAAUGCGGUCAUUCAAGAUAAAAACGAUCCAUCUCGGUUCAUGUCCUCUACUUCUGUUACACAAUGCGGUCUUUGUGUGUGUUUUUCCGCCAACGUUGAAUGGAAAAAGUUGAUGU